GCACCGGGCUUACUUACUCAGCGCAUUUUCAAACAACAAGAGGGGGAUCCAGAAAGUCACCACCCCAAGAAAAUCAUCUUGACUUACAGUGCUUGUUUCACUUCAGAAAAGAAUGGUGCUAUUCUUUACCCAGAGUAUUAUGUGAACAUGUUUUGCAUUUCCAUAAAGAGGCAGUGUUGUGGGGAAUUUUUGCUCACAAAGUUUUGAUAAGUGGGAUAACUACAGGCUGCAAUGAAACACGCAAUAUAAAAAUAGAAAAAAAUUCUUUAGAGUUUUCUUCAUCAUACAUUUCUGAGAAGAACAGUUGCUUUCUGGGAAAAAACUGAAUUAGCACUUUGCAUUCAGCUACUCAUAAAACUUCUUUAAUUAUGGCCAGUGCAAAGUGUGCCUGUUUUAUCUUGAUGGCUUUUCUGCUGAGCCAGAUGGCUCCCCUAGAUGGAGGAUGCGCUGGUAAAUGUUGCAAAGGCAGGGAUUUCACCUGCACAAGCACCGACUGGAGAAUGGACGGGGCUUAUGGGAUUUGUUUCUGUGACGAGACUUGCCGGCAAACAGGUGACUGCUGCUUUGAUUAUCCUCAGACGUGCCCAGUACGUGCCUGUGUAGUUAGCCAGUGGAGUCUUUGGAGUGGCUGUGCUCAACAGUGCAAACCAGCCUACAAGAUUCGACAUCGAGUUAUUGAGCAGGAACCUGAAAAUGGUGGUGUGCCAUGCCCACCUCUAGAAGAAAAGGCCGGCUGCCUUGAAUACACUGACCCAGAGGGGCGAUACUGUGCUCUAAACUACGGACAUGCAUUUAUUACAUCUAUGGAAUACAGUGAAGCAAGACGAAAACGUGAUUUACCAUAUGAAUCUAAAAAUUUGGGGUACUGUGUGCAAUAUAAGAUGGAGACACUGUCUGAUCAUUGCACUCAUGAAAGCCGCCCCUUUGCACGAUGGAUGCAGUAUCUGCGCGAGGGCUUUACGGUGUGCGUUUUCUGUCAGCCUCCUGCAAUGAACAUUGACUACCAAGCUUGUCAAGGAGAUGGUGCCAAUAUUGAGGGGAAUGAAACCCUGCAAUGGCAAGCAGUUGGCAAUACCAAAUGUCGAGGAACAUGGAGGAAGGUCAGAAGAGUGGAACAGUGCUCAUGCCCAGUCGUGCACAGCUUUCUUUUUACUUGAAGACAUCCAAUACAUUUCUUAUUAAGUAAACUGCCUAAUGUUGCAUAUAAAUGCAGAGUAUAUUUUUCCCCAGCUAAUAUAAAUAUGAUCUUGUAAGCUACAAACAUUUAAAAAAAAUGUGCACUUAAUCAUAAGCAAGCCUUGGAAGCUGAACAGAUGGAUGGCACACCUUUAGCAUCAUAUACAGUGCAUCCAGAAAGUAUUCACAGUGCAUCACUUUUUCCAGAU